UCAUGAAGCCUAAUAUGGAGGACACCUUGAGCUAAUGUAGCGUCCCUCAGCUGAAAGUCAGCAUCGUCGCCACUCCUCCUGUAGAAAGGGUGCUGCCCGUAGAGAGCUAGCUGGCUAGCUGUACUCGGCAUAAACGAUGUCUGUAAACCUCAGCAAAAAUGGCCCUGCGUUAACAGCCGCCUAUAAAGAAGUAGUAGAUGAAAAAUCCGACACGAACUGGGCCUUGUUCACCUAUGAGGGAAACAGUAAUGACAUUCGCCUUGCAGAAAAAGGAGAUGGAGGACUGGAGGAGCUGGUUGAGGAGCUCAACAGUGGAAAAGUGAUGUACGGUUUCUGCCGGGUCCAAGAUCCCAAUUCUGGUCUGCCUAAAUAUGUUCUCAUCAACUGGACUGGAGAAGGUGUAAAAGAUGCCAGGAAGGGAUUAUGUGCAAACCACGUCAGCUCCAUUGCCAAUUUUCUUAAGGGGGCCCAUGUCACCAUUAAUGCCAGAGCAGAGGAGGACGUUGAGCCUGAGGCCAUCAUGCAGAAGGUGGCCAAAGCUUCAGGAGCAAACUACAGCUUCCACAAAGAAGCAUCCAGCCGCUUUCAGGACGCCGGUCCCCAGGGGCCCGUGGGUUCAGUGUACCAGAAAACCAAUGCCAUGUCAGAAAUCAGGAAGACCAAUAAAGACAACUUCUGGGCACAGGCAGAGAAAGAAGAGGAGAAACGUCGCAAGGAGGAACGUCGCAAGGCUGAGGAGGAGCGUCAAAAGCUGGAAAGGGAGAGGAAAGACAGAGAGACCAAAGAGGCAGCGCUGAGGGAGAAAAGGGACAAGGAGAGAGCUUCUCAAAUCGAUGAGCAAAAGAAAUAUCAGCAUCAGCUGGAAGCUGAAAGCAAAGAGCAGGAGAAACAAAGCUGGGAGGAGCAGCAGCAGGAUGCAGCUCCAGGGAAAGCAGUCAUGAGAGGUGACUCUGUGGAGAAAGCCAAUGAGGCAGCUUCACUCAUCUCUCAGCGUGCUGUGAAUCCCAGGGAGAUGUUUAAGCAGAGGGAGCGAGGAAUCACCCCCAGCGACUCAGACGUGCCCUCCGCUGCCCCUGGUAGCCCUCAGCCAGGGCGACUUCAAAGCCCUUUUCUGUCUAAGCAAGUGUACGAACCUGAGCGAGCCAACUCAGCUCCUCGCCAAGCUUCUCCUUCUCCUGUGCCAGCAGCAGCCGCCUCUGUUGUCCGUGCCACAGAACCGGAUUUGAAUGAUGAGCAGUCUGCAUUUGAGAAUGAUGAGCAGGAGACUCCUCCCCAGGAACAAAAGAAAGAGGAGGCACCAGUGGUUAACUCCUAUGUUGAAGAGACGCCUUAUGAAGAGGCAGCUAAGGUGGAAGAGAGUAACUAUGAAAUGACUGUAGAGGAAACACCAGACAGAGGCAUCUGUGCGAGAGCAUUAUAUGACUAUCAGGCUGCCGACGACACCGAGAUCUCUUUCGAUCCAGAUGAUAUAAUCGCCGGGAUCGAAAUGAUCGACGAGGGAUGGUGGCGAGGAUACGGUCCGGACGGUCACUUCGGGAUGUUCCCAGCCAAUUACGUGGAGCUCAUCUAGCCCAGCGGCUCAUCAGCGUCAGCCUCAGAGGACAUUUUCAGCUAAAAACGACUCACAGCAAACGUCUGUGCUCCUACACUGUAGAUCAGGCUGAAAAUGAACAAAAUAAGUCUCCACAUGGCGGACCAGUAAGCAUGGUAUCUGUGGACCAGAAGUUUUUGAAAUCUCACCUUCUUUCAAGAACAAAUCCCAUUAAAUUGUUGAUAGUUUCAGCAGCUGAUUGCAUAGUUUAUGGAUUUGCACAGACCCAUAGACUUGCAAGCCUCCCCAUCCCACCUCUAACCCUGAGAAAAGUGUUUAUCCGUCAGCGUGAUGCAGUAGAACGUCAGGUUUUACGUCUUAAUUUCAGUUGUGAGCUUAAAAAAAUCACUUCUGAUUCACAUUCCUUUAAAAGUGGCUUCAGUUUCAUUUCAGGAAUAUUUGAUGUAGUUGUAGCAAUCCCCCCCCACCACCCCAACCCACCUCCCAUUUCAGGAGAAAAGAUGGCUGUACCUGAUUCAGCCAAAUCAUUAUUGCCUUGUUUUUGCCUUCUUUAACCGGCAGACUGAAUAAUCCUUGUUUUGUUUAUAUGAAUGAACCUUUAUCCUGUGUACUUUUUGUUAAUUUUUUCUUACUGUGGUGGAAGUGAAUAUUUAACCCAACAGAUCAUGUUAGCUGUGCUCUGGCUUAGUGUUUUCUGUAAGGGCAAGCAGUGCACAAAAGGGGUUAAGUUCCUUUUUCUUUCCAACUGUGAGUAAAAAGGCAGUUUUCAUUUGAAGUCCUUCUGCAUUUUCAGCCACAUAAUUUCAACAUGUGUAACUUUUCAGGGAAAAGCUGGAGAAGAACAUUAAAGUCGGCAUUCAUUUAUAUUUGAAAUGAAUCCUCAGUGAGCUUCUGAAUUAUGCGCGACGGUUAUUAUUAUCUAAAGAGAAGAGUUUGUGAGUGCAAUUGUUAUUUUAAUCCAACAUUUCAUCUGGCUUCACAGCAGACUAUAUGCAACUUCAUUUAGUUUUUUAAUCAUGCAAAUAAAAGAGCUUCAAUGUCCGUUGAUCAUGCAUAGAGAGGGCAUUGAUAUGAUGCUUUAAUCAUGUUUGGUUUCCCACUGUUAAUUGUUAUGCAGAGAUUCUUGAUAAUAAAAGAUGUA